CAGCCCCCCCCCUUACACACCAAACCGGCCUGACUCCAGCUCAACAAGGAGAGAGGGAAGCACGACUGUUGCUGCUGAAAGCUCCUACUACCUUACCCUCGGUUUGGCUCGGCUCGGCUGGCAUUCUAUCUCGGCUCAGCUUGUUUCGGCUCGACUUGGCUCGGCUGGCAUUCCAUCUCGGCUCGGCUGGUUCGGCUCGACUCGGCUUGCUCGGCAUUCCAUCUACGUCUGCGUCGCAUUUUAAAAAAAGAGAAAGAAGAGAGAGGAGAGCAGUCACUUGGAGGAGGAGGAGGGUCGUUUUUAUUUUAAAAUUUGACGUCUUAUUUUUUGUCUGUAUGGAGGAGGUGGUAUGUCGCUACUAGCUCCUUUGAUAGCCGCUAUUAGGCACAAAGGCGUACUCGGUAGCUACCGUGCUAACUGCUAACAACACAGCCGGUGAGGACGCAGCCAUAGCCGGGUUUAAUCUGCCGGAGGAGUCGCUACCGUCCGUUUGGAGGGACAUGCUAGCUAUGUUGCGGUAGCUGUUUUAUAUCGGGAGUGUUUGGCUGCACAUGAAGAGGAUACUUUAUUUUAUGUUUCUGUAAUAGCUUGGAUCGGUCGGUGUGUGUAAGGCGGAGAUCGGUGGUCUGACACACGGAUAGAGAGAUGGUAGCCAUGGUUGCAACGAUUGUGGCUAAAACAAGCUAAGAAGAAGAAGUGAGUGAUUAGUUCAAAGCCCCCCCAAAAAAGUGGGAUUUUUUGUGUUCAUGUUAAUUUUAAUUCUCUGGGCGGCUAAAGUGAGUCUGAGAAAAAUCCUUGAACACGAACUGAAACUAGGAAUAUCUCACUGAGUGAUCGGGAGGGAUUAUAUCUAUAUAUUGUGUGUGUGUGUCUCCUAAGUGGAUUUCGGCCUCCUGCUUCAGGAUCGUCGUGGGAAACACGGACGGUCGUGUAUUGACAUUGAGUGAGUGAGUGAGCAAAAGCCCCUCCACUCCCCCUACAGAAUAUACUCUCUCCCUCUCUUUCUAUCUGUCUCUCUCUCCCCCUCAUCCACCUCCUCGCUUCACCCUCCGAUGCGGAGAUUUCAGUAGCACCGGCAACCCAAAUCCCCCCUCACGGCGGCCGGACAUGCUGAAGUGUAUCCCCCUGUGGCGCUGCAAUCGCCACGUCGAGUCGGUGGACAAGAGACAUUGCAACUUGCAGACAGUCCCCGAUGAGAUAUUUCGCUACAGCCGCAGCCUGGAGGAGCUUCUCCUCGAUGCCAACCAGCUGAAAGAACUACCCAAGCCUUUCUUCAGACUACUGAACCUAAGGAAGCUCGGCUUGAGCGACAAUGAGAUCCAGAGACUCCCUCCCGAGGUGGCCAACUUCAUGCAGCUGGUGGAACUGGACAUAUCCAGAAACGACAUUCCUGAGAUCCCCGAGAGCAUUAAGUUUUGCAGGGCCUUGGAGAUCGCAGACUUCAGUGGAAACCCCCUCUCCAGAUUGCCGGAUGGUUUCACUCAACUCCGAGCGCUGGCUCACUUGGCACUCAACGACGUGUCAUUGCAGAUUUUACCCAACGACAUUGGAAAUCUGGCCAAUCUCGUGACGUUGGAGCUCAGGGAGAACCUGCUGAAAUCUCUGCCCACCUCGCUCUCUUUCCUGGUGAAACUGGAACAGCUGGACCUGGGCAGCAAUGAACUGGAAGUUUUGCCGGACACCCUCGGCGCUUUGCCCAAUCUGAGGGAGCUGUGGCUUGACCGUAACCAAUUGUCCUCAUUACCACCAGAGCUGGGGAACCUCAGGAGACUUGUGUGUCUGGAUGUGUCGGAGAAUCGUCUGGAGGAGCUUCCCUCAGAGCUAAACGGCCUUCUGGCUCUCACCGACCUGCUGCUCACACAGAACCUGCUGGAGGUCGUCCCUGACAGCAUAGGCUGUCUGAAACAGCUGUCAAUCCUGAAGGUGGACCAGAAUCGACUGACCCAACUGACUGAUUCAAUAGGAGAGUGUGAAAACCUCACAGAGCUCAUCCUGACAGAGAACCUAUUACAGACACUUCCUCGCUCGCUGGGCAAGCUGAAGAAGUUGACCAACUUGAAUGUAGAUCGCAACCGUUUGGGCAGCGUGCCCAAAGAGCUCGGCGGCUGUGCCAGCCUCAACGUGCUCUCAUUAAGAGACAACCGUCUGGGCAAACUGCCUCCUGAGCUGGCAGAUGCCACCGAGCUGCACGUGCUGGAUGUGGCUGGAAACAGAUUACAAAACCUGCCUUUCGCCCUGACAAACCUCAAUCUGAAGGCCAUGUGGCUCGCGGAGAACCAGUCGCAGCCCAUGCUCAAGUUCCAGACGGAGGAUGACGAGCGUACGGGAGAGAAGGUUUUGACCUGCUAUCUACUGCCCCAGCAGCCUUCCCCAAGUCUAGAGAACUUGCUACAGAACAGCGUUGACGACACUUGGACGGACAGCAAUCUGAACCGAGUGUCAGUCAUUCAGUUCCAGGAAGAGACCAAAGCCGAGGACGAGGAUGACGAGGCUGCCGCAGAGCGCAGGGGCCUUCAGCGCAGAGCCACACCACAUCCGAGUGAGCUGAAGGUGAUGAAGAAGGUGAUCGAAGAGAGGAGGAACGAAGCCUACUCAUCCAGACCUGAUGGAGAUGAAGAGUCCUCUGACCCGCAGGAUAAACGGCACAGCGACCUCUCCAAUCAGAGCCACGACUCGCAGGUGUCCAACAGCACACUGUCAGCCCACUCCCAUGAAGAGAGACGGGAGGCGACUGUCUCCUUUCAGAGAGAGGACCUCGUGGACGGCCACUCGCCUCACGAUGAGGAGGAACUGGAUGAGAUGGAGGUGGAGUACAUCGAGCCCACUGUGCACUUUGCAGAGGAGCCCAUGAUCCGCGCCAUGGAAGCGGAUGAUGUGGAGGACGGCGAGGACGGCGAGAGGAGCGAGGAGGAGGACGAGAGGCCGGCUUUUCCCGCCGAGAAGCAGCGUCUGAUCAGAAAGGACACGCCACACUACAAGAAGCACUUCAAGAUCACCAAGCUGCCCAAGCCCGAGGCCGUGGCAGCCCUGCUGCAGGGCUUCAACCCCGACAGCCUCAACUCUCCGACGCAGGCCGCCCAAAACGAGCAGGACGAGGAGGAGGACGAGGAGGAGGGAGAGCAGGGUAUCAGCACGCCUCAGCGGCAUCACAGACUGGAGGCGCCGGAGCUAGAAGACACCCGGCAGGCCAACUCCAGCCAAGUAAAGCACACCUUAAACAUCAUGAGACAAACAGGCGGCCUGGGUAUCAGCAUCGCCGGAGGGAAAGGAUCCACACCUUACAAGGGAGAUGAUGAGGGAAUCUUUAUCUCGAGGGUAUCUGAGGAGGGUCCUGCAGCCAGAGCGGGGGUUAAAGUGGGAGACAAACUCCUAGAGGUGAAUGGAGUAGACCUUCACGAAGCAGAGCACCACACAGCGGUGGAAGCUCUCCGCAGCUCCGGCGCAACGGUUUCCAUGACGGUGCUGCGCGAGCACAUGGUGGAGCCGGAGAACGCCAUCACUACAACGCCGCUGAGGCCCGAGGACGACUACUUCCCGCGGGAGAGACGCAGCAGCGGCCUCGCCUUCAACCUGGAGACGCCUCCCAGCGGGCCUCAGCAGCGGCUCUCCACCUGUCUGAUCCGCAACGACAAGGGGCUCGGCUUCAGCAUCGCCGGGGGGAAAGGAUCCACUCCGUACCGCACAGGAGACACGGGGAUCUACAUCUCUCGUAUUGCAGAGGGCGGAGCGGCACACAGAGACAGCACGCUGCGUGUAGGCGACAGGGUGAUUUCUAUCAAUGGUGUAGACAUGACAGAGGCCAGGCAUGACCAGGCAGUAGCGCUCCUUACCGGCACCUCCCCCACCAUCGCCCUCCUGGUAGAGCGAGACCUAAACGCACCAGGGGGCUCUCCGGGUCAAUCGCGGGCUCGAGCCCACUCCCCUCCACCCCCAGAACCCUCAGAUUCUCCAGACCAGGAGGAGGAAGGCAUUUCCCCUCAUGGGAACCACCUGACCCGAAUGGAAGAUGAAUAUCCCAUCGAGGAGGUGAUUCUGAUGAAGUCAGGCGGUCCUCUGGGCCUGAGCAUCGUGGGAGGAAGUGACCACGCCAGUCACCCGUUCGGCAUCAAUGAACCUGGAGUGUUUAUCUCAAAGGUGAUCCCUCUCGGUCUGGCGUGUCAAAGCGGGUUGCGCGUCGGUGACAGAAUAUUAGAGGUGAACGCCAUCGACUUGCGUCACGCCACGCACCAGGAAGCCGUACGAGCACUGCUGGCCAACAAGCAGGAGAUCCGGAUGUUAGUGCGGAGGGAUCCUUCACCGCCCGGCAUGCAGGAAAUCGUGAUCCAGAAGCAGCCGGGUGAGAAGCUCGGUAUCAGUAUUCGUGGAGGAGCCAAAGGUCACGCAGGAAACCCCUUUGAUCCCACAGAUGAAGGCAUUUUCAUCUCUAAGGUGAGUUCGACCGGUGCAGCAGCGAGAGACAGCCGGCUGCAGGUGGGCAUGCGCAUCCUGGAGGUGAACAACCACAGCCUGCUGGGGAUGACGCACACGGAGGCAGUGCGAGUGCUCCGGGCCAUCGGAGACUCGCUGGUCAUGCUGGUUUGUGACGGCUUCGACCCACAAAACCUGGCAACCGUGGAGGCGUCUCCCGGCACCAUCGCCAACCCGUUUGCAGCAGGCAUCGUCCGUAAGAACAGUCUGGAGAGCAUCUCUUCUAUAGACAGAGACCUGAGCCCCGAGGAGAUCGAUAUCAUGCAGAAGGAGUCUGAGAUGGCGAGAGAGACGUCGCAGUGGGAGCGAGAAGAGAUGGAGAAAGUGAACAUGGGCAUUGGACCUCUAAAACUUGACUACAAAACGCUGGCUGCGCUGCCCACCACCAGCCUGCAGAGGGUCAACAGGGCGCCUUCCUCUGAUUUCACUCGGACUGAGAGCCCAAUCAGAGAAGCACCAUACUCUCCCACCAUCCAACCGGCAAACAUUCAUUACACCUCCACUCCCACUGCCAAGGACAACACGCCGUCAUCUACGCGACCAGGUGCCAUCCAGCCAGUCGGGCGCGUGUGGCCGAGCACCUCGCCGGCCACUCCGGAAGGCCACAGCCCCAACCCCUUCCAGCAUGGCCCCUCCCCCUUCAACUCCCAGACCUCUGACAUGUACGGUGUUAGGAACAAUUUCCACCAACCUUCUCCAGAGCCUGAGUUGAACAACGAGGUGUUUGAUGAUGACGUUGAGGGUCAGGAGGGAGCUGGCACGGGUUUGCCCUCCCUCUCGCCUGACCGUCGGGAGUAUAUGAGCCUGGCGGCGGUGCCUCGCCACUCCAGGCCGUCCGUGGAACUGAAGACUCCUUCACCUGGUGGUAAGGACAGCCCAGAGCAGCGAUCCUUCAGGGACAGACAGAAGUACUUUGAGAUUGACGUGAAGCAGCAGACGCCAGAAAAACCCAAACCUCGAGUCUCCCUUGUCGGAGAGGAUGACCUCAAGAAAAUGAGGGAGGAGGAAGAGAGGAAGUUUGAGCAGCGGGCGCGGGAAUACCUGCUGGACGAGGAAGAUGAAGAUGACGAGGACGACAUGGUUAAGCAGGUGGCGCAGAUGAAGGCCACGGGCAAGGUGGUGCUGGACGGAGUGGAGUACAAAGUGGAGCCAGCAACCACUCCAUCCCGGCUCUGCCCCACACCACCGAGCUACAACGUCACACCACCCAGCUACUGUGGCAGCUCGGGGCCUUCUUCAGUCGAUGGUAAGGGAGACUCACAGAGGAAUUCAUUAGAGGACAGUUUCAGGCUUGAGCAGCGGCCAAACUCCAUGACUGGUUUGAUCCCGAUGUAUCCUGGCGAGUCGACGGCUCCCAUCCGCACAGCCAAAGCAGAGCGCAGACACCAGGAGAGGCUCCGCAUGCAGAGCCCCGAACUGUCUGUGGCCCCCGACAAGGAUCUGUCCCCCGCUGAGAAACGAGCUCUGGAGGCAGAGAAGAGAGCCAUGUGGAGAGCGGCACGAAUGAAGUCUCUGGAGCAGGAUGCACUGAAAGCUCAGAUGGUCAUCGCCAAGUCUCGGGACGGAAAGAAGCGAGGAACGUUGGACCAGCUGGCGGAGUCGCCCUCACCUGCACCGACACCCUCUCCCACCCCGAUGGAAGAGCUCAGUCCUCGAGGAUUAACCUCACCAGGAAGGCUGUCCCUGUCGUCAAAGAAGUUUGACUACCGACAGUUCGCUGCCAUUCCUUCUUCCAAACCCGUAUACGACAUCCAGUCCCCUGACAUAGUCGACGACAUGCAGUUCAUUGACGAUGGUUCCAGUAAUCCAGGGCCCGCUGCAAACCCUGAGGUCGAGGUUCCCUCCUCGCUGCCCGCCACCUCAGCCCUGGAGGAGAUGGCUCUGUACAGCAACAAGCGCAAACUGAGGCAGGGUCGCCGCAGCCUGGAAACCGCCGUGCCCACGUAACACCUCAAACUGAGAAGAAGAGGAAGAAGUCCGAACACACACACACAUACACUCUUACACACUUUACAUACACUGUGGAACACUGGCAAACACCACAAAUGCAUCCACAGCAGAGGUGCAGAGUCACUAAAACACUACACACACAGUGUCAGUAGAGCGAGAUUUUUUUUUUACUCUCAUCGUAUAUAAUAAUAACCACUGCAGAGACUACGAAGCCGAUAGUCGCCACCAACCCCCCCUCCACACACACACACACUCACUUAUAUCCUGCGUGCCAGUCUUGCCUUUUUUACAGUCUGUGGAUGAAGUCGGCAAGGAGACAUCGCUCAAAAGGUCCCUCGAGAAAGGAGGGGGAGGGGAGGGGGGGCAAGAAAAAGUGCUAGUGUGGUUUUAGUUAGGAUCGCUACUUAAGACCAUUUUCUUUUCUUUUUUGUUUGUUUUUAUUUGUUGUACACUCGGUUUGCCUCUUUUAGAAGCUGAUCUAUUUUAACAAAACGGUGACCGAUUUUCUUUUUUUUUCAGUUUUGUUGUUUUUUUUAAAUUUUCGCACCUCUGAUGAUUUUGCUGUUCAGAAAAAAAAAACACAUACUGGAAGAAAGAAAAAAAAAGAAAUGGGUAAUAGCUCUACUAACUUGUUGAAUGAUAUUUUUUAGGCUUUCAAGUGAAUAGAUUGUAAAAUGUCAAAGGGGGGUAGGGGAGGGUAAGGGGGUUUGAGACUUGAUCAGACAGGAGUGUAUAUAUUAAUUGAGGAGGGAACAUCCUGCUACCUUCACUGUCACACAUUGUGGAGAGCUUUAAAAAAGACAAAAACUACAAAAAAAACAAAAACCCACAGUACAUAUCGUUUAGGUUUUUUUGCACUGCCACUGAUCAGCUUUUUAAGAACGUAUAUCUUAAAUAAUUUAUUGUUUUUUUAAUUAUUAUUUUACUCCAAAUUGAAGGGCCUUGAUUUUACACGGUUUUAAUCUAUCUGGUUCUUUUUAACUACAAAGAGAGGGGAGACUGACACGUAUCAUAAUUUUCGUUUUUUUUAAGUGAUACAUUCAUGAGUCUGGAAGUCGAAACCUUUAAACGCCAAUGAAUUGCAUAUCACUUUUUAUCAUGUAGUGUACUUUAUACGCCCUUCUGAACCCACCAUCCGGGUUUUUUUGUUUUUUUCCUUCAUAUUCUGCUUAGAACGCUUGAACAGAGUCUCUUGUCUCAACAGACUUCAAGUGAGCAUCUAUCCGGAUUUAUUAAUUGUGUGACAUUCCCCUCGUAGAGAACAUGACUACACUGGAGGCAGCAGCAGGCAGUUUUACUCAUAACACUUUCAAGAAUAUUGAAUAUCACAGUUUGGGAACAUGCAUUUUUAGCAUCAUUUUAUUAAUUAAUGGUACUUACCCUGCCCUGAUUUAGGGUAAUGUUUGUUUCUUUUUAUUUUAAAAUCAAUGUGAACCGUUCAUUUCCUUCUUAUCCUUGCAUUAUUAUAAAUCUGGGAGGUAUUCCAGAUGUGACGUGAAGGUAGCAGGUGUUUUUUUGUUUUUUCUGUCUAUGGUUAAUUUAAAUCUGAUGCCACUGAAAAAAAUCAUUUAUUAUUGUGUGAAUAAUGUACAAAUACUGAGAGGAAAGCAAACUUUUUUGGGUGUGAAACUGAGCCAGUCUUGACCUAGACCGAGCAAGUGUCUGGACUGCUGAUGCAUCUGGGUUUUUGGACGGGCUUGGUGCCGGGAUGCUCUCUGCAUGUAUAUUGGUUUGUUAAAUGGGAGAGCCGCGAGAGGCAGAACGGAUUUUAAAAUCCCUCUCAAGACAUCGAUCUCAUCAGACAUUCAGCUCAUUGCUUGACAUGCUGUCAGUUAAUGUAUCUGGCAGGUUGGUUUUUUUGUUGUUGUUUUUUUUUUUUUGCAGAAUCACAGCAUAGUAGCAUUUGUGUUAAUUUAAUGUAGGGUCUUCUAAUUAUAGCUUUCCAUGUUGCUCUCACUGACUGAAAUUCAGUUUGUUUGAUAACAUUUGCAAUGGCUGAUAUCUUUUUUUAACAUAAAGUAGGUAAAUUUGUUUUCCAGAUGGUUUUCACUACAUUAUUAAUGCAGUGUUUCAAGUUUUUUUUUGUGUUAUUCUGUUGUCUUGAGUUCUCUUUGGGGGCUAUUACUUGCAAAUAGGUUGGAGGGAAAGGGGUCAGAAGUCCUAGAGUCAUGGGGUAGAGCUCAUACAAGACUGUAACUAGUGAAUUUGUACAACCAAAGAAGUCUAUUUUGUGGUUCAGGAAUAAUAAAAUUUUACUUUUCAUUUAAGAAGCUGAUUCAUUGUGUUUUUGUCUUUUGUGCUUGGUUAAUGUACAAACUUUACACAUUAAAAAAAUACACUAAUCAAAUGUAGAAAACCACCAAGUGAAGCAAUUAGGAAUGUAAAAAAAGGUAAAUUAUAUUUGAUCAUAUUUAGCACUUGUGGAUACCGUAGAGUUC